AUGGCUUCUUCCAUGGGUGGAAUGUUUCCCGGCCAACAACCGACUGGUCCUCACCCAGUCGGAGGUACUGGGGGGCCGGGACAACCGGGUUUACUGUCCGGUCCACCAGGAGGACGACUUCAGGGAAAUAACACUUUGGUGGAUGAUUUAGAGGCAUCUUUCGAGGCUUGCUUUGCUUCCCUCGUCAGUCAAGACUACGUUAACGGGACCGACCAGGAGGAGAUAAGAACGGGGGUUGACCAAUGUAUCCAGAAGUUUCUGGACGUUGCCAGGCAGACAGAAUGUUUCUUCCUUCAGAAAAGACUACAGUUGUCUGUCCAGAGGCCUGAACAGGUUGUCAAAGAGGAUGUAUCUGAGUUGCGGAACGAGCUGCAGAGGAAGGAGCUGUUGGUUCAGAAACACCUAUCCAAGCUGCACCACUGGCAGCAGGUGCUGGAGGAUGUGAGCGUUCAGCACCGCAAACCCACCGACUUGCCUCCCCCAGGCCCACUAGCCUUUCUGGAGCAGGCCUCUGCCAGCCUCCCUCCAGCUCCCAUGAAGCCCAACUAACACACACACACAUUCAUCUGGACAGCGUGGACACCAUCAGCUUGAACCUUCUCCACAGUAGUGAAACUCAGGAUCUUAAGUUCAGAUCUGAACACAGUGCAAAUUUACUCAAUAGUUAAUAUUAUUAUGUACAUUCUUAACUGUUUCCCUUUGAGUUGUGUAUAUAUUUCCAGUGGGAUAAUUAUAGGCCUACAUUUCUUUUUGUACUGAGAAUAAAUGAUGUGCCAUUUGUA